UGUACAGGGGUGCAAAAAGGAGGUAUGAGAGUGGUACGUAAGUAAGUUAAAAGAUGAUUGGCCCAAAGCAGAAGCCCAUUAAUAAAGCUUUGGUUCUUGGCCGGAGUCUGUGGCAGGGGCAAAGGCAAUCACUGUAUUUUGUUGUUUCCGAUCAUUCGCCAACGUUACGCUACGCAGAAGAGAAAGAAAGAGAGAAACCCUAGCGAAGCCAUUGAGGAUUACUUCGCACUGUGGUAGCGCUGAGCCUCACAACUUCAACGCAUCAUUCCUCACCUUAGCGAACGUUUUCCAGAAAUCAGACUUGAGGUUAGUUCAGGACCUCUUCCUCAAGCUGAGCCUCCCCUCCCUACGCUACCUUAGGUUGUGAAAUUGAGGUGCCCCCUUGUUGAAAGAGUUCUUGCUAGUAAUAAUUGCAAAGGGUGAUGAAGAAGACUAUUUCAAACGUCUGUGCCCUCAAAAUUCCAAGAAAGUAUUUUUGUACUGAGGGUGUGAAAGUUGGUGGUUCCGCUAUUGGGGAGGCGUCCAAUGAGCAUGAGAAGAAGCAGACUAUUAGCAAAAUUAUUCCACAGUAUGAUAUUGCUAUUGUUGGAGGAGGGAUGGUUGGCAUGGCUCUUGCUUGUUUCUUAGCAAGUAUGCCAAUGACAAAGCAGUUGAACGUUGCAAUUGUUGAUAGUAAUCCGGCUCUAAGUAGUGGCUUGCACAUCAAGAAGGAAGAUCCCCCUGAUCCAAGAGUCAGUACAGUAACUCCUGCUUCCAUAUCUUUUCUCCGAGAUUCUGGUGCUUGGAAAUAUGUUGAGCAAAACAGGCACGCUUAUUUUAAUGCAAUGCAGGUCUGGGAUUAUACUGGUUUGGGAUAUGCUAGAUAUCAUGCAAGAGAUGUAAAUAAAGACUAUCUAGGGUGUGUGGCCGAGAAUAAAGUGCUCCACAAUGCCUUACUGUCAUGUGUAAAGGAUUCUGAUUUCAAGACAACAAUCUAUCCUUUGAGAUUAAGUUCAAUGGCUUUGAAUACGAGCUCUAUGUCUGUAGUGGAGGAGAAUACAAAAUCCGUAGAACCACCAUCUGCUCAUGGGCAUGGUGCAAAGCUGCAACUUAGUGAUGGAAGCAGUUUAUAUGCAAAGUUGGUGGUUGGCGCUGAUGGUGGAAAAUCACAUGUUAGGGAAUUAGCAGGAAUCAAAACGACUGGAUGGAAUUACUCUCAGAAUGCAAUAAUCUGCACAGUAGAGCAUGCCUCCGAAAAUGUAUGUGCAUGGCAACGUUUUCUACCCACCGGUCCAAUUGCUCUUUUACCCAUGGGUGAUAAGUUUAGCAAUAUUGUUUGGACCAUGAGCCCAGCAGAGUCAAACAGUCGCAAAUCAACUACUGAGGAAGAAUUUUUAAAGGAUGUGAAUUAUGCUCUAGAUUAUGGUUAUGGACCUCGUCCUACAUCAGGCUUAUUAGGAACUGGAGACAUGUUCUCUUGGUUUAAAAUGGAUGCAACAAUAUCAACUAAUGAAUACUUUGAAAUUCCUCCAAAAGUGAUCAAGUUGGCAUCUGAAAGGAUGGUGUUCCCUUUGACUUUAAGGCAUGCCAAUUCCUAUGCAUCAAAACGUGUGGUUCUUAUUGGAGAUGCAGCCCACACUGUCCAUCCUCUUGCUGGUCAAGGAGUUAAUUUGGGUUUUGGAGAUGCAUUUUCUCUUUCAAGAAUUAUUGCAGAGGGGAUUGCUUUGGGAACUGAUAUUGGAGAGGUAAAUUUAUUAAAGAAGUAUGAAACAGAGAGGAGAUCAGCCAAUAUUAUGAUGAUGGCGAUCCUUGAUGGCUUCCAAAAGGCCUAUUCUGUUGACUUUGGACCUUUUAAUAUUCUGCGAGCUGCUGCUUUCCAUGGGGCAAACUGUAUAUCACCACUCAAAAAAGGUAUCAUUUCCUAUGCUUCAGGAGAGCACAAGUUGCCCAUUUUCUUGUGAAUACAUAAAUGUCAAUAAUUUUGGCCUACUUAGCAAACUAAGUUUUAGCCAAUGGUUCAACACCCC